AUGACUGUUCGACUUCUUCCCUCUCAUCUUGUGAACCAAAUUGCUGCCGGAGAAGUCAUUGAACGCCCCGCUUCUGUUGUUAAGGAGCUGGUUGAAAAUGCCCUAGAUGCCAACGCAAAAAAUAUUGAGGUCCGCAUUGAAGAUGGGGGCCAAAGCCUUAUUUCUGUGAUGGAUGAUGGUGUUGGCAUGAAUGGCCAAGACUUAGAACUUUGUGUGGAACGCCAUGCGACCUCUAAAUUAUCCGACGAAAAUCUCUUUAAAAUCAGUACGAUGGGAUUUCGAGGAGAAGCUCUCCCUUCAAUUGGCUCUAUUGCGAAGCUUUCUAUUACAAGCCGCCACAAAGAUGAAGACAAUGCAUGGUGCUUAAAAGUCGAAGGCGGACAAAAAUUCCCUCUUUCCCCAACCACCCAUACAACAGGCACUAAAAUUGAAGUCCGAGAAUUAUUUUUCGCAACGCCUGCCCGCUUAAAAUUUUUAAAAACACCUUCUACAGAGCUGCAACACAUCACUGAUGGACUGCAACGUCUCUCUAUGGCACACCCAGAAAUCUCCUUUUCUUUAAAAGAAAAAAACAGAACUGUCUUUGAUUAUCCAAAAGGGUCUUUACUGGAUCGUCUUCAUGCCGUCAUGGGAAAAGAGUUUGCCGAAAAUGCCCUUCCUUUGAACGCAAGUCGAGACGGAUAUCAUUUAGAAGGCUAUGCCAGCUUACCGACCUUAAAUAGAGCCAAUGCACGGCUUCAGUAUCUAUUCGUGAAUGCUCGCCCUGUUAAAGACAAAAUCCUUUCUGGUGCUGUGAGAACAGCGUAUCAAGACCUUUUGCCCCGAGACCGCCAUCCCUUAUUAGCGCUUUUUCUCACUCUUCCCCAAGACGCUGUUGAUGUAAAUGUUCAUCCUACGAAAACAGAGGUACGCUUUAAAGAUACGGGCCUUGUGCGUGGGCUUCUUGUUUCAGGCUUGCGUCAUGCACUCUCUGGCGCUGGACAUCGCGCCUCUAAUACUAUUUCUGCCUCAACAUUAGGAAUCUCACAACCUUCACCGCUCCCCAACAUGCCUAGAGCGCACAGUGGAACCUCUUCAAGACUUUAUCGCCCAUCAACUUCCACAGCUCCACAAGUUUCAGAAGGUCGAGGAACUGCAUACCAAGCAUCUUUAUCUCCAACACAACAAGACUCUUUUACCGAUCUUAACGCAGUACGCCCUCUUCCUGACGUUUCUCAAACCUCUCCUUCUGAGGAUUCCCAUCCGCCAGAGGCCCCUUCUAAAGAAGAAGAACCCCUUAACCACUACCCUCUGGGGCUUGCACGCGCUCAAAUUCAUACAACAUUCAUUGUUGCAGAAACAUCUGAUUCCCUUGUCAUUAUCGACCAACAUGCGGCUCAUGAACGUCUUGUCUAUGAACAUAUGAAAGCUCAGAUGGAGGAAAAAGGAAUUCAACGGCAAAUCCUUUUAAUCCCUGAAGUUGUUGAACUAAAAGAAGAAGAACAAGAGAUCUUAAUACGUCAUACUUCUGAUCUUGAAAAAUUAGGAUUAGCUGUUGAAAAAUUUGGAGAAAAGGCCGUGUUGGUGCGUGAAAUUCCUGCCUUAUUAAAAAAUCCAAAUAUUUCAAAGCUUGUUCAAGAUCUUGUAGACGAAUUUCAAGAGUUGGGGGAUCUGUUCAGUUUGAAAGAACAUAUUAAUGAGCUUUUAGGCACAUUUGCAUGCCACGGAAGCAUUCGGGCAGGACGUCGUUUAAACUUGACAGAAAUGGAUGCUAUUUUAAGGCAAAUGGAAGAAACACCUUAUUCUGGCCAAUGUAAUCACGGGCGUCCAACUUAUAUACAGCUUUCAAAAGCUGAAAUCGAAAAACUUUUUGAAAGGCGUUAA